CUUAGUAGAGGCGGGGUUUCACCAUGUUAGCCAGGAUGGUCUCGAUAUCCUGACCUCGUGAUCUGCCCGCCUCGGCCUCCCAAAGUGCUGGGAUUACAGGCGUGAGCCACCACGCCCGGCCUUUUUUUUUUUUUUUUUUAGGCGGAAUCUCGCUCUGUCACCCAGGCUGGAGUGCAGUGGGGCAAUUUCAGCUCACUGAAACCUCCGCCUCUUGGGUUCAAGUGAUUCUCGUGCCACAGCCUCCCAAGCAGCUGGGAUUACUGACGUGUGCCUCCAUGCCCGGCUAAUUUUUGUAUUUUUUUAAAAGUAGAGACGGGGUUUUACCAUGUUGGUCAAGCUGGUCUCAAACUCUCCACUUCAGGUGACCUGCCUGCCUCCGCCUCCCAAAGUCCUGGGAUUACAGGUGUGAGCCAUGGCGCCCGGCCAGAGCUUGUUUAGACAAAAACAUAAAAAAUAACUAAUGUCUAAAAACAGCAUACAGUCAGGACGGACAAAAAAUCUGGACCAAUACAAUGGGGAGGACAGAAAGAUGUGAAUAAAUGGACUGACGUUUCAUGUUCCUGGAGAGAAUUUAGUAUCCCAUCCCACACUGUUUCGCAAUUUAACAUUAACAUUUAUACAAAAGUUAUUAAUUAGAACAAAAGUUAUUGAUUAGAAUUAACUUAUUAGAAAAACCUGGACAAACAUACCCUAAAGUGCAGCCAGGUGAUCACUCUUCUUGAUCACCUAUGUAAUGUCGCACAGGGUACUCUGGUGCGAACAGCACUUUCCAAAGGUCUUUCACUUUGCAUUUUUCUUUGUAUCCAGAAUUGAUAAAGUUACCAGGACUAUUUCACAGUAAUUAGACUUACAAAAUCUUAACACUAAAUAGACGCUAAGGCUAUACAUUCUUCCAAUUUCUCAAGUCUAUUGUACUGGCCAUCAGGAGUACCUGGAUACACAGAAUGUAAGAAAGUUAGCGAAAAAGGCAUCAAAGCAACAGGAGGAGUCUGGUUUGAACGGUUAUUUCAUCCAAAUUACAUUAAGGACUGCUAACUGGUUUCUGCCCCACAAAAGUACCCUUUGUUUAUGUUUCCAAACUAUAACACAGGUCCUCCUGGAGCAACGGCUAGAUAAAUUAACAAAUUUUUAGACUUUGCGCUCCCCUUUUCCAAACUCCAAGUCGACCACUCCCCCAUUUGUUAACAGAAAUUUACUAUAACUGAUUAGAUUUCUAACCUUUCCUAGGGAGAGCCAGUUCAAUUCUAAAAGAGUUGGUCACAUGGGUUGCUAAAUUAAAAUAUAAAGCAUUUCCUAACAGGGAAGGGAGGCUGGUCAAUUGUGGUUAUUUUUAUCAGUAACUUUAAAUAUGGAUCCAUAGAUUAUCAAUUUAUGGCUGCCGUGGGUGUUAGAAGAUGACCUAAUCCCAUCCCCAUUUUCAUUUAAAAAACUGAAACUACAGCUCUGUAAAAUCAAAUGAUUUAAAAUCAUCUGACUAGGCCGAGAAAGGAUUAGCUCUCUAGAGCAUUACGGUAACAAUCAUUCGCAAACAGGUAGCAUUAUCUGGAGACCCUGCUUUUCUGGAAAUCUUGUCAAUUAUUCAGUUCCUUAAAUUCCGUCAGCUACAACAGAUGCAUCAGCUCUUUCCACACUAACUUGAAAGAAGCACAUUAGAAAAUAGUCCUGACUUGUUUCUUGAGAUCAGUAACUAAUGAACUGACCUCCACCAGUCCUGCCUCAGGUCGUUAAUGGUAAAAAUUCUGUAUGUCAGCCGCGUUUUGAGGCCUGUCCAAGGUGCUUGUGAUUCCCACAUGUCGGAGUCGCAGGGCUUUUCAGUACAUGCCCUCAGGUGGGCGCCACAGUCACAGACACUGGUCCCCGGCAUUUGCAAACAGGAAAGGUGGUCCGAGGGGCCGAGGGGUUUUUCUUGCAACCUUUAAAUUACAAGCAAGAAAAACGUGGGUUUUAUUUCGGGCACAGGAAUAGAACGAAUUCUGAAAUGGAGACCUAAAGGCCUGCGUAGGGAAGGAAGGACAAGCGCGAGAAGAAAGGCAAAGGCCUUCCUCUCUGGUGACGCGCGAUCACAAGGCGUUCUCUCUACGUGGACGCUCACCAUUGGCGGAGACCGGACUGACGUCCCGGAACUCGCCCGGACGCGAACGGCGGCAAAGGCGCUUUUGCCGUGAAAGCCGGCGAGGCGCGCGCGCUCCCGCGGCACGCCACGCCUCCGCCCUCCGCCCGCCAACCCGCUGGUCCAGUCCCUCUUCGCGCCCGCUUGGCUCCGCCCCCUUCCCAAGUCGCUCCUCCCCCAACAGACUGGCGGCGCGCGGAAAACGCGUCACGUGACGACUGGCCCCGCCUCUUCCUCUCGGUCCCAUAUUGAACUCGAGUUGGAAGAGGCGAGUCCGGUCUCAAAAUGGAGGUAAAACCGCCGCCCGGUCGCCCCCAGCCCGACUCCGGCCGUCGCCGUCGCCGCCGGGGGGAGGAGGGCCAUGAUCCAAAGGAACCAGAGCAGUUGAGAAAACUGUUUAUUGGUGGUCUGAGCUUUGAAACUACAGAUGAUAGUUUAAGAGAACAUUUUGAGAAAUGGGGCACACUCACAGAUUGUGUGGUAAUGAGAGACCCCCAAACAAAACGUUCCAGGGGCUUUGGUUUUGUGACUUAUUCUUGUGUUGAAGAGGUGGAUGCAGCAAUGUGUGCUCGACCACACAAGGUUGAUGGGCGUGUAGUGGAACCAAAGAGAGCUGUUUCUAGAGAGGAUUCUGUAAAGCCUGGUGCCCAUCUAACAGUGAAGAAAAUUUUUGUUGGUGGUAUUAAAGAAGAUACAGAAGAAUAUAAUUUGAGAGACUACUUUGAAAAGUAUGGCAAGAUUGAAACCAUAGAAGUUAUGGAAGACAGGCAGAGUGGAAAAAAGAGAGGAUUUGCUUUUGUAACUUUUGAUGAUCAUGAUACAGUUGAUAAAAUUGUUGUUCAGAAAUACCACACUAUUAAUGGGCAUAAUUGUGAAGUGAAAAAGGCCCUUUCUAAACAAGAGAUGCAGUCUGCAGGAUCACAGAGAGGUCGUGGAGGUGGAUCUGGCAAUUUUAUGGGUCGCGGAGGAAACUUUGGAGGUGGUGGUAAUUUUGGCCGUGGUGGAAACUUUGGUGGAAGAGGAGGCUAUGGUGGUGGAGGUGGUGGCAGCAGAGGUAGUUAUGGUGGAGGUGAUGGUGGAUAUAAUGGAUUUGGAGGUGAUGGUGGCAACUAUGGCGGUGGUCCUGGUUAUAGUAGUAGAGGGGGCUAUGGUGGUGGUGGACCAGGAUAUGGAAACCAAGGUGGUGGAUAUGGAGGUGGUGGAGGAUAUGAUGGUUACAAUGAAGGAGGAAAUUUUGGCGGUGGUAACUAUGGUGGUGGUGGGAACUAUAAUGAUUUUGGAAAUUAUAGUGGACAACAGCAAUCAAAUUAUGGACCCAUGAAAGGGGGCAGUUUUGGUGGAAGAAGCUCGGGCAGUCCCUAUGGUGGUGGUUAUGGAUCUGGUGGUGGAAGUGGUGGAUAUGGUAGCAGAAGGUUCUAAAAACAGCAGAAAAGGGCUACAGUUCUUAGCAGGAGAGAGAGCGAGGAGUUGUCAGGAAAGCUGCAGGUUACUUUGAGACAGUCGUCCCAAAUGCAUUAGAGGAACUGUAAAAAUCUGCCACAGAAGGAACGAUGAUCCAUAGUCAGAAAAGUUACUGCAGCUUAAACAGGAAACCCUUCUUGUUCAGGACUGUCAUAGCCACAGUUUGCAAAAAGUGCAGCUAUUGAUUAAUGCAAUGUAGUGUCAAUUAGAUGUACAUUCCUGAGGUCUUUUAUCUGUUGUAGCUUUGUCUUUUUCUUUUUCUUUUCAUUACAUCAGGUAUAUUGCCCUGUAAAUUGUGGUAGUGGUACCAGGAAUAAAAAAUUAAGGAAUUUUUAACUUUUCAAUAUUUGUGUAGUUCAGUUUUUCUACAUUUUAGUACAGAAACUUUAACAAAAUGCAGUUUCGAAGGUGUUUCCUUGUGAGUUAACAAGUAAAGAAGAUCAUUGUUAAUUACUAUUUUGUAUGAAUUUUGCUAAAGUUAACUGUAAAGAAACACCUGCUGACUUGCAGUUUAAGGGGAAUCUAUUCUCCCCAUUUCCAAACCAUGAUAUGAAUGGGCGCUGACAUGUGGAGAGAAUAGAUAAUUUGUGUGUUUGCAAUGUGUGUUUUAGAUAAAUAGGAUUGGGUAUUUAAAUUAGCAUUUGUGAAUUUAAUAGCAUUAAGAUUACCUUCAAAUGAAAAAAAUCUCAAAAUUUAUAUUUGGUUUUUGUGCAUUUUCUUUUAAAAUGUAAUCAUGAUUUUAGUGUGUUAGACUUGCUGAGUCCUAGCUGUGUUUAGAACAUCUCUAUUCUACAUUUACCUUGGUCAAAUUUGAACUGCUGCCAUAGGUUUUGGGUGUAAAGAAUGUUUACUGCCCUCCAUUUAAAUUCUGAAAAGGGAUAGUGGAUGUUUUCCCUCUCCUACGUUAGAAACCAUUCUUAAAAACUUUUGAAAAUACAGAACCAUUAAGCCUGCUAUAUCUGAGCAAAUUAGUGGGUACCUUUUUUUUCUUCUUUAAAGCACAAGAGGCCCAUAAAUCUUGAGUUACUUUCCUUAAAUUCUUUUUUUUGAUACAAGUUUUCAGAGCAAGAGAAUAAAAAUCAUGCGUUAUUAAACCCCUAACUGGCUGGCAUGCUUUCCUGUUUGUAUUCUAUACAUUUUGCUGGAUGAAACCAAGGAUAGUUUAGGUAUAACUGUCCAAAAUAACCUAACUGCAGCAGAAAUGUAGCACAGUUGCUUAGUACAGGCUUCUCACUUCCUACAGACCUGAAUUCAAAUUUGGAUAGUCUUGAGUUCUUAAAUUCCCAAAGAACACACUGUUAUUUCUUGUGUAUAUUUCAACAUAAAUCAUGUUGUUACCAAUUUGUUGGGAAGGCCCUGGUUGAGAAGAGUUUUAGUUAAUAAGGUCAUAUAUACAUACAUUAAUAUAAACCAAUGUCUACUGUUUUGCUCCAGCUAGUGCUUACAAUUCCAUUCGAGCCCUGAAUAUGUGCCCUGCUGUUAUUCUUCCUUUGGUAGUUGAACGUUGAAUUCAAGUCUUUUUGUUCUAAGAAGUACUAAGCAAACAAGCAAUAAAAAGGGGAAUGGGGCGUGCUAGUGUUUGAAUAUGCUCUCUUGUUGCUCUAAUUCUGUGCCUCUGUGCAUUAAUAUUUGGAUGCAUGCAAUGCCAGCAUGGAAAUUGGUCUUCACACAUACUGCAGUUUUUCAGAAACAUUCACAAACCAAUAAAUGUAACAGACAUUCCAUUUGUUAAUGGGCAUAUAUGUGAAAAGCAGUGUAGAAAAUAGGCUAAUAUUAGAAAAUGGUUAAGUCCUUAAUAACUUCAAGUGUGGUUAUAUAAUGGACACUGUCAAUGUUCAUAACUUAAACCUGGGUACCUGGUCAAAAUAAUGCUUGGGAAACAUUAAAAUUUAGCUAAAUUGUC